GGUGCCAUGGGUUUCGAAUUUGGAGUUCGGAUGCCGUGGGUUUUGAAUUUGGGGCUGGAUGCCACGGGUUUCAAAUUUGGAUUCGGGUGCCAUGGGUUUCGAAUUUGGAGUUUGGAUGCCGUGGAUUUCGAAUUUGGGGCUGGAUGGACGCCCUCCAUCCAUGGUUCCGUGUUCCACCAGCGAUCGUCUCUUCUCUUGGAUGGAGAUGCGAGGGUGCCAUACUGCCAUGGGGUUAAGGUGGGUUUAGAGAGAGUGUAUUCAGCGAGCGUUCACUCCAUCAUCUCUACGCGCGCCCCAUUCCUUCCUGGCCGUUAGAUCAGAUCCACCACGUACGGGUCCGGGGAUCAACACUGCCACAGCAAUAGCUCUAGCGGAGGCCUUGCCUGUCGGCGGCAGGAGGGAGUAGUGCUGCAGCGGAUGGGGCCGGCGGCGAAGGCGGUAGCAAAUUGGGGCGGCGGCGGCGGUAGUGGACAGCGGCGCGGCGACCAGCACAAGAGGGCGUGAGGGGCCGCGGGCGAGCUGCUGCUCCUCACGCCCUCUUCUGCUGGUCGACGGAGUGAGGGGCAGCGGAAGAGGGCGGCGUCUGCGUGAGGGGCAGCGGCAGAGGGCUGCGUCGGGAAGAGGGUCGGCUGCUCCUUGCCGUAGGUUUUUCAGGAUCUAUGCAAAGACGGCUUGAUGCAUUGACGGCUUGAUGUGCGUAAAUCGUCCAGAAAUUAUCGUGUGUGUGUGUGUAGCAGCGUUCCCUUGUGAAUUGGCGUGCACCUGCAAUGUGUAACAGGGCUGUGGCACAGCUUGCAUACUAAUUGAGGCUUGGGUUGCAAAUUUGUGAUACAACAGAGGAGAAAUGCUUCAAGCCUUGGGGUUAAAGCUUCGAGACCUGUGGAAGUUCCACAAUACUGCUCCAGAAAAUAUCUUGGAGUUUGCCGAAACUUUUGCUUGCAUAGAUGCUGAAUCCGCAAAUGAAUUGACCAAGGAGAAGUCACUUUCCAUGGAACUUAUCAGUAAAGCAACUGAAGAGAUUAACACCUUGGAGGCUUCUAUGGUUGCCAAACAGAAGAAGAUGUACUUGGGUAAAAAACAGAAAUUGCUGAAAUUGCUUGAAGAAACGCACAUGGUACCUGCUGACAUGAAAUUUGAUCCCAAGAAAAAAGUAGAAUCUGAUUUCCCCAAGGCAAUAUCAGAUUUGAAGAUUAUGAUUAAACAAGUUAAAGUACAAAUUCUUGAAAGAAAAGAUAUUGUCAUGCGAAUUGAACUACUCCAGCAUGCAGUGAAUAAUUCACUCUCUGUGAAAACAUCUGAAAGGCUACUUCGAUCUUUGAAGAAUAUGGUCGUCCUUGAAGGAACAUUUCUAUUUGAUGGCAAGGAUGUCAAGGUUGUUAUAAAUGAAAUCGAAUAUGAAAUGAAACCAGCUUCAACAAAGCCUGCGCUUCCAGUAAAGAAGAGGAUGAGUGCUCGGCUGACUGAGUUGAGGGACAAGGAGCAGUCCAGUCCUGACCUGCCUCCCCCUCCCUAUCCUUCACGAGUUCGCGAUGGGAAUAGGGAACGCAGGAAGGGGGUAUGGGGCAAGGAAUCCAAGAGGUACAUUCAUUUCUCCGACAAGUAUUUCCGGACAGAGGGAGUAUGUGUUUCCAACAGCCUAAAGAGAGUCCAUCCAAGACUAAAAUGAAAAAUGUCCCAUACCGAUGUAUAAUUUCUAGCUCUUCUCCUACAGUCAGAUCUGGAACAUUUAGAUGAAGAUGCUUAGGUACAAAGGGCUGCAUGGGCUGUGGUAACUUGAUCAGAAUGAUGAAAAACAAUAGGUGUCUCAACACUGGAACUAGGAUAGUUUCAUCAUGUCUAAUUUUCCGUGGGCAUUCAGUAUGCCCUGAUGGGAUUGUUGAGUAGUUGUGCCUACAUGGCCACAUGGGCAGAAAUACAGAGGAAAGCCUGGAAACUGUUGAGGUAGAUGCAAUAAAGACAUGCUAAGUUAUUCGAAGUACGGGGAUGGGUUUCUUAUGCUGUCUGUUUUGAGGUGUUGAAACUAAGCCUAGUGGUUGAUGAUAUUUUUCCUAAGUGAAGUUGUCAUUCACAUUUGAUGGGUCUCUCUCUCAAAGCAGGGCAAUCCUUGUCUGAGCUGUACGGUUGAGGUUUCUAUACACGUGGUGCUGCACUCCCACUCCACAUCACUGCAUGCUUGCAGUUGGCUUCCCGAUAAGCA